GCGCGCAUUCUCAAUAACCACAGGGCUAUUGCGCUCUGCCCAGGCUGUCAAGCCGCUCAUGGCCAGCCCGGCUUCCACCUGGAUGGGAUGGCUGUCCAAGCCCGCAAUUGCAGGAUCCCUGCAGCAGACGAGGGGCAUGAAGGUUCACAGCUCGGUCAAGAAGAGGUGUGAGCACUGCAAGGUCGUUCGACGAAAGGCCGGAAAGCGACACAACGGAUACCUGUACAUCAUCUGCAAGGCGAACCCCCGACACAAGCAGCGACAGAGCUAAGCAAUUGCAAAAAUCUUUGUUCUUUUUUAUUUUGACGACGGCGACAUAUGGGCAUCCGGAACAGCUGGGAAACUUUGUACAAUAUUGGCGCAUAAACGGUGACGACGAAACGGGGCGAUGGGCAAGAAAACAAAAAGCAAGAAAGGGUCUAGCGAACUGCCGAUUGAUAGACGACGUUGCGGCGAUGGCUCCAGACAGAGACACACGAAUCUUUUGAGAUUUGAUGUUGGAAGAGGCCUUUAUAUACGUCCUUGAGCAAUGACGGUUGGGCUGCCGUCACAAAAUGUACAUUUUAUGUAGUGUUACAUACCCCCGAUAUACCUCUCCAUACUUUCCCAUU